AUGAAGUCGUUCUACCUUCCCCUCUCCGCCGCACUGGCGACUCUUUCAAUAGCUUUGCCAACAGAUGAAGCUAUCACGAAACGAGCUACUCCAAUAGUCUACCUAGCCGGUGACUCAACCAUGGCCAAAGGAGGAGGAGGGACCGGAACCGAAGGCUGGGGCGUCUAUCUCCCCUACUCCCUCUCACUCACCGUCGUCAACGAUGCCAUAGGUGGCCGCAGCGCACGCUCCUACACGGACGAAGGCCGCUUCACAACGCUCGCCAACACCGUCGUAUCGGGCGACUUCGUGAUCAUUGAAUUCGGGCAUAACGACGGCGGCUCUCUCACGCCCACCGACAACGGGCGCUCCGAUUGCGUGGGCUCCGGCGACGAGACAUGCACCACGGACGCCGGCGUAGUCGUACAGACAUACCCGACGUACCUGACCAACGCGGCGGAACUCAUGACCGCCAAGGGCGCGCACGUUAUCAUCAGCAGCCCGACCCCAGACAACCCGUGCGAGACCGGCACCUGUUCCUAUACCCCGAGUCGCUUCACGGGGUACUGCGAGAUCGUCGUCAGCAACGUGGGAAGCCUGGCUUCGUUUGUCGACCAUGGCCAGUAUCUUGCGAAUCGCUUUAUCGCGCUGGGCGCUACGACGGUAGACGCGUUCUAUCCUAAUGAUCAUACGCAUACGAGUCCUGAGGGUGCAGCUAUUGUCGCGGAGCAGUUUGUGAAGGGGUUGCUGUGUGCAGAUAACCCGUUGGCUGCUUAUGUGAAGAAUACAACGGCGAGUGUGGCGGGGAGCUGUAUCUAG